CAACGCAGCAGACGACGUGUUCCCCGGUGCAAUGAAAUGUUUAAAAAGUUCACCUAUGCUGGAGAGCUUGUCAUGAUUAAAACGCGAGAUACUACGAUUUUUCUCGGCACGUUCCAUGCGUAGGAGAAGAUCAUGGAUCAUUUAAUCAUCCUGGUGGCUUUGGUACAUUUAUUGUACUGCCCAUUCACAAAAGUGGAGGAAAGUUUCAACCUGCAGGCUAUGCACGACAUCUUAUACCACGGUUUUAAUCUGUCCGAGUACGAUCACCAUGAAUUUCCCGGAGUUGUGCCACGAUCAUUCGUGGGACCAGUUAUAAUAUCUGGCUUGGCGUCACCUCUAAUAGCAACCAUUAAUUACUUGCAACUUAAUAAAUUUUUUGCUCAAUACGUUGUAAGAGCCACGUUAGGCUUGCUAGUAAUAGGUAGCUUAAAAUUGUACAGAGAUGCUUUACAAUCCGUCUUUGGUUUGCAAUUCACAAAAUGGUUUGUCGCAAUCACUGUAACACAGUAUCAUUUCAUGUAUUACUUAAGUCGUCCAUUGCCAAAUAUAAUGGUAAUGCCAUUAGUACUACUGGCUUUAUAUGGGUGGUUGAAACAGAGUCAUAUAUUAUUUAUUUGGUCGUCUGCAGCAGCAAUAAUAAUAUUCAGAGCAGAACUCGCCAUGCUACUUGGAUUAUUUCUUUUGUACGAUAUAGCCAACAAGAAACUGACCAUACCAAGGCUUCUAAAAAUCGCGAUUCCAGCUGGCAUAGUUUUUCUAACGCUGACGAUCGCAGUGGAUUCUGUAUUUUGGAAAAGACCGUUAUGGCCAGAAGGAGAAGUGUUUUACUUUAACACAGUCCUCAAUAAGAGCAGCGAAUGGGGUACAUCGCCGUUCUUCUGGUACUUCUAUUCAGCUCUUCCCCGUGGACUAGCCUUCUCUUAUUUCUUAAUACCUUUAGGUAUGUUAUGGGACUCUCGAGUCAGAGCUUUGACUGUUCCCGGUAUCGUGUUUGUAGCAUUAUUUUCGUUCUUGCCACACAAAGAAUUGAGAUUUAUUGUAUACGUCUUUCCGCUACUGAAUAUCAGCGCUGCAGCUGUUUGCCAUAGAAUAUGGGAGAAUAGAGCAAAAAAUCCGUUCCAUGGAUUUUUGGCAUUGAUCAUUUUAGGACACCUAGUUCUGAAUGCUAUAUUUUCUAUGUUUCUCUUAUGCGUCGCUGGUUCUAACUAUCCUGGUGGUUUGGCUAUUGCUAAAUUACACAGGCUCGAAAAAGAUUCGAUGGAGCCAGUAUACGUGCAUAUUGACGUUCUGACUGCACAAACAGGAGUUUCAAGGUUUACGCAGACAAAUAAUUCUUGGAUUUAUUCGAAACAGGAAAAUUUGUCUAUCGAUAGUCCUGAAAUGCUUCAAUUUACGCAUCUCUUAAUGGAAGCUAAAAGCAAGUACUCGCCUAAUAUAAAACCAUAUCUUAAAACACAUGACAUUUUAGAUUCCGUGGACGGUUUUUCUCACAUAGCAAUAAAUUACAAUAUAUUACCGCCAAUAAGAAUAAAAACUAGACCCAUUAUAUUCAUUAUGAAAAGAAAGCCUAAUGUAAAAUAUGAUUUCAAUAAAGCAAGGUCUCAGAUCCAUUUCAAACAAUCAAAUGACGUAACAAGGGAAAUAAGAAGUAAAGACAUCUUAAACGACACUGUAAAAGAUAUGGAACCAAUAUUAGACGAGAUUAUGGAGUCUCUAGAGCAAUUUGAAAAACCGGUGAAUAUCAAUGAGGCAAAUGUAGCAAAUAUUGAAGUUCAACGAACGAUCGAAUUAGAUAAUAUAAAACUUAAUGCUUCUAAAAAUAUUGAUACGUCGACUGUCGAAUCUAAUAAUUUAGCUGAGAAAAAUCUGCUUCAUUUAGAAUUAGUAAGUAAAGAAGAAGAAUUAAGAGAUUUAUCAAAAUUAGAAGAGAAUUUUAUGACUGAAAGCAAUGUUAACACGCAGUCCAGUAUCGAAAAUGAUUCUGACAUUAGUGAUAAAGAACUGUUCAUUAAGAAAGAGGAAGAUAAAAUAGUUGAUGUAGCUAAAGAGCCAUUAAGAACUGAUAAUGUUCAACAGGAAAGUAGUACUUUAAAAGAAGUUGUUAAAAAAAUUAUUCAAGAAAAAAUAGGAGCAGUAAAACUUAAGAAAGACGCAUUAAACGAGAAAGCAUUGCCAGAAGUUUCAAAAAAAGUUAAUGCUAAAGUAAAGAGAAUAAUUCCAAUAAAGAUCGAAUCUCCACAGAAAAUAAAAAUUAUAACGAAACAAGUCUUGAAGGAGAAACCUCCAGUGGUUGAAGAAUUAAAAGAAGAACCUUUAGUGAUGGUAGAAUUAAAAGAGAAACCUUCAGUGGUUCAAGACUUAAACGAAAAAUCAUCAAUAGAGACCUUAGAAAAACCUGUAGUAGUCCAAGAAAAAAUUCGUGAACAAAAACCAAUCAAUGUAAAAGAAAGUAUCAGAAAUAUAAUCAAUCAAUUUAAGGAAUUUGAGAAAGAUUUUAUAUACGAAGAUUCGGAAAUAAGUAGGAAGGAUGCGGAUGUUGAAUAUGACGAGGAAUCUAUAGAAAGGAAGAAAGAAGUCGCAGAAAAAUUACCAGACACUAUAGCAGAAACUAAAGACACAAAGACAAUCAGAGAUGCCAAAGAAAGUUUAAGGGAUAUAAUAAAUCAAUUUAAGCAAAUAAAGAGUGAAUUAACUUCAGAAGAAGAUGACCAAUUUGAAAUGAUCGAAGAGACGUAUAUGGAGCGACCUAUCGCAGAGACGUUAAUGCAGUUUAGCGACGCUUUAAAAAGUUUAAUACAGCGAAGGAAAAUAAAUAAGUCAUUUACGGCAAGCACUUUGGAAAAUGAAAAAGGUAUACCGAGAGUACAAAGACCUCAGAAAGAAACUAUGAGAAAUUCUAAAAUUCCAAAAGAUUCUUCAAUAUAUCCGAAAACACAAAAUUAUGCAAACGAUAAAAACGUCCCAUCGAAUGCUCAAAAAUCUAUUAAUAGCGUUUCGAGUGAUGCAGCAAGCGACUAUGCUUCCCAAGAAGCAGACGAUAUAAUAAUAAAUUACGAAGACAGUUUAAACGAUUAAACGUUAGAAAUAGCCUUGCUCUUUUAAGCUUUUCGAUGGUACAAUUAUAUAAUUAUAGUAAUAUGUAAAUACGUUGUUCUGUGAUAACAAAAAUGUACAUCUUAAUUAAUGCUCAUGCAUUACCAACACGGAAAAACCGAAAUUAAUUUUUCCUGUGUUUCUAUUAAUCAAUAUCGGAGAGCAUUGAAAUGAAAUGGAAAAGCAUUUGUUUAAUAUAUAGUAUCACGAAGGUGCCACAAUCAUAGUGUACUUAUGUAAAAAGAAAGGAAAAAAUUUUAAUAGUAGAUUUACGUGUAUAAUUUUAUUUUAAUUUAUAUAGCAAUCGCUUCACGUAUUAUGAAACUAUUGAUAUAAUUUUUUAUAUCUUUAAAUGUUCAGAUAUUAUACCAAUCUACAUAUUAUUUAGUAUAAAAAUAUUUAUUGAUGCAUGUUUAAAACGAUGGACACAAUUUUAUUAUUCUCCCUUGACUAUAUAUCUCAUUCUCACAGGCCACCUUUAAAUACUAUCGUCCCUUUGUACCCUUGCAUUUAGGUUCUGCUUUCCUACACUUUCUCUGGUUUUUGUGUUCUAGUAAUAUUAUUUAAUCUUGUAUAAAGUAGUUAGAUGUAUUUUUUAAUUUGUAUCAUAGAAACGAAAGGGCAUUCAUUUCCAUAUUGGUAUUUGCAGAGCAUUCAAGUGCCUUGAAAUCUCUCUUCCAAAAUCUACAUAUUGUAAAACAUUUUUAAAAAAAAGAUAUGUAUACAUGUGUAACAUUCUC